CGCGGGCGGCCUGGGCCCCGCAGCCAGCGCCGCCGGCACCGCGGCGCCCUUCCCCUUCCACCUCUCCCAGCACAUGCUGGCGUCUCAGGGAAUCCCAAUGCCCACCUUCGGGGGCCUCUUCCCCUACCCCUACACCUACAUGGCAGCCGCGGCCGCCGCCGCCUCCGCUCUGCCCGCCAGCAGCGCCGCCGCCGCCGCCGCCUCCCUGUCGCGGAGUCCGUUCCUGGGCAGCGCCCGGCCCCGCCUGCGCUUCAGCCCCUACCAGAUCCCGGUCAGCAUCCCGCCUAGCGCCAGCCUCCUUACCACCGGGCUGGCCGCAGACGGCUCCAAGGCCGCGGGGAACAGCCGCGAACCUAGCCCGCUGCCCGAGCUGGCUCUCCGGAAAGCGGGGGGCCCGUCCCGAGGGGCCCUGUCGCCCGGCGGCUCAGCCAAAGAGGCGGCCAGCGAACUGCAGAGCAUCCAGAGACUGGUGAGUGGGCUGGAGAGCCAGCGAGCCCUCUCCCCAGGCCGGGAGUCCCCCAAGUGAGGGGCCGCCCGGCUGCCGCGCUGCCACACGAGCCCCCGACCCCGGGCUGGGCUGUCCGCCUCGGCCGCUUGGGACGCGUACAGCACAGAAGGGUAUUUAUUUAACUAAAGGAGCAAAAGCAGGCUUCCGCGGCCAGAACAGAGCCUCGAGGGGCAGGCCGGGGAUCUGGGCCGCCUCCCUGGGGGUCUCAACGAGGAAUCAGUCUACCCGGAUCACAGCCACUAUGGAGCCCCUGGAUUUGAUCCAGACCCGCCGGAGAGCCGAGAAGGGGGCGCCUCCUCUCAACACGAUGGGGAUGGUCUCUCUCCAAGCCCCGCGGCCCCCUUGGAAGCCAGAACACGCCUAGGGUAGAGGCGUUCGCUUCGAAAAGCAGCCCGACGAUCUCCGGCCUUGGGCCUGGAUGUCGUCAGAAACUGGGGUGAAGGACGCUGGAGCCAGAGAGGCCCUUCUGAAGCCGGUGUAGACCUGAGCUAGGAGGAUUCCUAUCCAUUUGCUCUUCCCACCUGUACCCCACAAGAGACAGGCGCCACUCCUCUUCCUCCUCCUCCUCCUGGGUCAGCGGGGAAAGUUGCACUUCUGCUUUGAGUCCCCAGGGGGCAAAAGAUAUUUAUGAAAUAAAUGGUAAUUUGUGUAAAUAAGCUCUAAGGUUCCCAGAAGAUACAAAUUCGUAUUAAUUUAUUCGAAGUGUACAGUGCUGUGUACAUAUGUUUAGAGAUGAACUCAUAGCGUUUAAUUUUUUUUUUUCAUUUUACAUGAGCAUCUAUAUUGUACAGGGCCCCGAGGGUCCUUGGCUGCUGGGGGAGGGGGAGGCACCGAACCCCGGAGAAGGCCCACCCCGCGGGGCCCCUCCGCCUCCGCGCCCCGGUUUUACCCACCCGGCCCAAGGGCCCCACCUCAGGUUUUCACUUUUUGCUCCGGAGGGAGAACGAGGCGAGUCAAUAAUA